AUGUCCAUGCUGGUGAUUGAUUGUCCGUCCUGCUCCCCACUCUUCACCUUCGGCUCCACGUUCAGUGGUUCGAGGUCAGCAUCUAUACCUGACCACCAGCAAAGUGUACAGUCCACUCAAUCGAACGUCCAAUCGUAUCUCGCCGUGAACACGCAAGGGGUCAUCCUGAGCACGGCGCUCAUAGAGAUCUGCCACUCGGGCAUAAGCUCAAGUUGCGAGAUAAACCAAACUGUUGCUGCUCAGCCUCGCAAACGCUGUCAGUUCAACAUAGGCUCCCAACAUAGGCCACAUAUACAACUCGAAGCCUCCGCAAAUGUGAUACCAAAUUUAGCUGGAAAUCUCCCAUCCUAUACGAUACCCGAAGGUUCUUUAAGGGACCUGCCCAACCUCCAACUAGCAGAUCCAAAUUUCUACCAGAGUUCGCAGAUUGACGUGCUCAUAGGCGCUGAUCUACUUCCAUCGAUUAUUCUAGGCGGCUUCCAGUCAAAUCUUUGCGGAACACUCCUUGGCCAAGAGACCAUAUUCGGGUGGAUUCUUUGCGGCCCAAUCGCGAAGAAUCCCACUAACAGAAUAGCUUCCUUCUCGACACAAUUGUCUGUCACUGAGGCUAAACUAGACAGCAUCUUCACCAAAUUUUGGGAGGUGGAAGAUGUUCCAGUGAAGCUGGCUGAGGAAUCCAGCUCGGUAUGGGAGAACAACUUCCAGCAGACCACUGAAAGGGAUGAGAAAGAGAGGUAUGUGGUUUCCUUGCCCUUUAAGGAGCCUAGCAAUAUAGACCUGGGACAUUCAAGCCCUAUGGCAUUGACGCAAUUCCUUAAAAACGAGGCACGGCUAAACAAAAACACCAUCUUAAAAGAGCAGUACGACUCAGUCAUCCAGGAGCAUUUAGAUUUAGGUCCGGUACUGCAAUCUGAUUUGACCACCCAGAUCCUCAAAUGGCGCUUCUUUAAGUACGUCUUCAACGCAGAUAUCACCAAGAGUACAUCUUGGCAAAUUCUUGUUCAUCCCGAUCAUACGCGCUUCCAAAGAAUCCUGUUCCGCGAUAAAGAAGGGAAGCUCUCCGACUAUGAGCUGAACACGGUGACCUUUGGCGUUUAUUGUGCGCCCUUUCCGGCCAUUCGCGUGCGUCAACAGCUAGCUCAGGAUGUACUUGACCAAUAUCCUUUAGCAAGUGACAUAAUUUCCAGAUUCAUGUAUGUCGACGACGUUCUAGCUGCAACCACACGCAGCAGUCCGCUGUUCUAG